GCAAAAUGGCUUUAUCAAAUGUAAUUUUCGUGCUUGAAGAAAUGUUCCUCCCGUAGGGCGUAUAUUCAUAGUGAUUGAAUACUCUAUUACCAUUUCUGUUCGCCGCAUUUUUUAUAUAAUGAUAUUCAUGCAUGUGAUGGUAAUCGCCCGCACGAAACAAGUGCAGUCGCCUGGCCGCGCUCAGUUUGCGUGCGGUGCCGAGCAGGGAAGCAUUGCUGGCGUAUUCCUCCGGACUAUUUCUCAACUGGAAUAGUUUUCUCAACUGCCUGAGGAUAUACGCCUGAGCAUUGAAGAAGAUGUGGUCCAAGCUGUUUUAUGUCGUGUUUGUCACAACUCUGGCAUUAGAUAAAGGAUGGUGUCAGAGUAAAAUCGGCCUGACCAUGCCGGAGUCGGUCAGAGCAGUACUCGGGUCCUCGGCAACCCUGUCGGCAACCUACGCCACCUCUCGGCCAAUCAGAUCCGUCGCCUGGUUCAAGGUGGACUCCAAGGUCACCUCGAAACGCGACCCAGUUCUGGCCUUCUACCCGAGCGCCGGAACCAGUCCGGAGACGUUCGGGAGUUUCCGGGGCCGAGCUCGGCUCAUCGGAAAGGCUUCGUUAAGAGUCGCGGCCACCACGCUUCUGGAUGACGGACUGUACGUGCUCGUCAUUUCCGUUUCCGGUGUAGCCAUCGAGGAAGGAUUUGUGCGGUUAAACGUCAUGGUUCCGCCAACGGUACAGGUCGGUCCCACUGAUCCUUACGUCACCAGGUGGGGUAAAACCGUGUCUCUGACGUGUACAGUCAGGGGGUCCCGACCAAACAUUACGUCACUCUACUGGGAGAAGGACGGCACCCGGAUCGACGUCAACGUCAUGAAGUAUUUUGGCGGGAACAGGGAGAUGCCGUCGUUGAUGAUUCGUCAUGUGACCAGGGCGGACGCCGGGAGGUACACCUGUAUAGCAGAGCAUCCUGUACGGCCGGCAGCGGCAGGCCUCGCGCUACAAGUGCUGUUUCCACCGUCCAUCAUCAGCAUCUCGGACUCCGUCAUGGCACACCUGCACGAGCAGGUGAUCCUGCAGUGCGUCGCCGACGGCAACCCGCCGCCCAACAUCACCUGGUUCCGCGCCGGCAAGACGCUCAAGUCCUCCUCCAAGACGCUGUCUCAAGACAUUCGCACGAGCUCCGUCGUCUUGAAGAGGGCGCAGUACAACGACACGGGUCUGUUUUCCUGCACGGUGGACAACGGAAUAGGGGACUCGGAUACAAAGACUGUUAGGCUUUCUGUGACACGCAAGCGAAUCGGUCCGCUAGACGGCGCCACCACCGCGAUCAUCAUCGGGGUGGUGGUGGGGGGCCUGUGGCUCCUGGUCUGCAUCAUCCUCACCGUGUACUUCGUGCGGAGGCGGCAGGAGAGGGUCGAGAGGAAGAAGUUCUCCUUCUACUACGACAUCGGGCGGAGGAAGCCCCUCCCUCCGGAAGCAGGGGGACCCAAGGCUCAGGACUUCGGCCCUCUGCCUGAAGUACCACUACCAGAUAAGCCCAAGAAACCUUCAGCGCCGUGCGCAGGGAUCAACACUAUGAGGCGUGCAACGGCCCACAAAGACAAAAGAUAUGCCAAAGUGCUGUACACCUUCCGGCCGCGAGAGGAGAACGAGCUGCACUUGGAGGCUGAUGACGUCAUCGAGGUUCUGGAGGGGGAAGAUGGCGGCUGGUGCUUGGGUUACCUGCGAGGCAGGAUAGGCCUGUUCCCCUCCAACUACGUCACAUUUCUCACCACCAGAGAAGCAUCUGUCUUUAAGUCAGAGGGGUCCAGCGAAUGCGAUGAAAAGCGCUCCAAGCGGAACACGUAGGCACUGCAACAAGACGGAUACCUUGAGCGGAAGUACAAGUCUUCAAAGCUUUGAAUCAACGUCGAUAAACUCAGCAGUUCGGUGCUUUGUGCGAUAAGAAUGACAUCUAUCUAUAGUCGUCCCGAUUGACAGGACCAGUAGUUGUUACCCAUUACAUAUCACCCCCUCUUCUCUGAAUGAACUUUCCACAGGACGACUUGUGAACUUGCAUGAAAACAGACUUUCAAUACGUCACCGUUCGAUGUAGAAUGAGUAAAUAAGGACAAUUCCAAGACGUUCACCAAAUCUCGCCAUUUCUUUCUGAAGCAAUCUGCAGGAGAAUAGUUGUUAUCCUUUUUGUUCAUAGAAUGACACGUUGAUGUGUUAAAUCUGUAAAUAAGAAAAAAAGAGUGGAUGGUCGUAGAAUAAAAAGAGUGUUUCCAAUACACUAGAUCUAAUUAGAGUAUUGAUAGUUGUAGAGAAGUCAUGUACAGUUUUGUAACAAAACAUUUAAUGUUUUGCAUUAUCCUCGCAACCAUGUACAAAUAUAU